CGCCCUAAGUAACGAACGAAAUUCUGUCCGAGACGGUUUACCUUUACGACCUCCGACUUAUCCGUCUUAAAAUAGGUCAGUGAAAAAUAAACCUAAAGUGAAUUAUUUUUAAAAAUUAUAUUAAAUAAUUCAAUUCAUUAAUAAAUUAUUAAUAAAUUAAAUAACAAAGUCGCUAUGAGGCGACUAAAAAUGAAUUUCCUCGCGAUCUUCUUGUGCGCGUUCGCUUUGACGCGAGGUGAAAACUUAUCGAAACCUAACGAAAAAUUAGAUUUAAGCGUGCCCAAAUCUCUUAACUCAAACAGUGAAUUAUUCGAAGAUGUAGAACAAAUUGUUGAUUUAAAAACGGUUCCAGAAAAACCGACCACAGUUAAGGCCACAACUAAGGCGCCAUUGUCGUUGGCACCUGAAAAUCCCAAGAAAACUCCUCCUCCCAAGGAAUUGCCACCACCAAAAGAGGUUAAGAGCUCACCAGCAGCAGCAAAACCUUUCAUCGGACCACAAUUACCUGAUGAUGGUUUGAAAAAUAUAAGUUCAAUUAUGCCACGAUCUGGAAAAAUGAUGAUGAGCGGUUAUUCGGAUUUCUUUGACAAUUCCGAUGGAUAUGACUGGGAUCCCAAUAACAGGAUGGCUCCACCGGAUAUUGCCUCCCAUGCAAACAAUGGCUAUGUUAUUAGCCCCCAGAGACUUCAAGAAAUUCGUAGUCAAUUUUUCUAUUGGUUCUUCGAUCAGGAUAGAAAUGGUGGACGUGGAGAUUAUCAAUCUGAUAUUCAUGCAUCGAUGCCACAAUUACACAAGAACUUAAAUUUCCAAUUGCCAUUUUUUGGUUUUCGUUUUAAUUACACGAGGGUCUCAAUGAAUGGUUACUUGGAAUUUUCUGAUCCUCCUGAAUAUUAUACGUAUCCUUUAGUGUUUCCCGUGAAGGAUUGGCCAAAGAAGAAUGAUCCCUCGUUUAUGGCUCCUUGGUUCUCCAAAUGUCGAGUGGGACGUAUUUACUCAACUGACAUUGAUCAACGUGCACCUGGUGUUUAUUUUAGACUGGAACGUGAUUUAAUGACUCGAACUGAUAGAUUUGGUGCCGAAGUAAGGGAACGUGUAAUGUGGGAUAUUCGUGAAGGUGUUGUUGGGGCAGAAACAUUUAUACCAAAACAUGCAAUCAUUGUUACUUGGAAAAAUAUGUCCUUUGCUGGUGGAAUUGACAAUUCUUUGUUUACGACAAAUACCUUCCAGAUGGUCCUGGCAACCGAUGAAGUCUUCACCUAUGCCAUUUUCAAUUACGGAACGAUUAAUUGGUCAGCACACACAGAAGCGGGUGGAGAUACCACUCACGGUGAGGGUGGUGUACCAGCAUUUGUUGGAUUCAAUGCUGGAAAUGGAACACAAUCCUACGAAUAUAAACCAUACUCCCAAUCGAUGGUAAUUCGCGACCUUACUGGAAGAGGAUGGGGCAAUGGAUUCCCGGGUCGACAUUUGUUCAGAAUAGACGAACGAAUAUUGAUUGGAUCCUGUAACAAGGAUAUUGAUGCCUCACAUCUGCCAUUGACAUUUGCCCCGGAAUCUGGUAAUAUGCUGGGCGGAACUGUUGUUAAUAUCACCGGACCCUGCUUUGAUCCGAAUAUAAGAGUGCUAUGUCAUUUCGAUACGGAAGAUGUUGUUGGCCAUUUUAUAGAUACGAAUCGUGUUAUUUGUGUACAGCCAUUCCUUAAGGCUCAAGGAUAUAUUCGAUUUGAGAUUUCAGUUGGUAACGAGCGAUUCAAAUGGAGGGGAAAAUAUUUUGUUGAAACACCAGCAACUGCCACUGAGAAAAUAUUCUUCGAAACUGAUGCUGUGCAAAAGAAGAACCCCAAGGAGAUUAAUAUUUCAUGGGAUAAAUAUAAUUUGACAAGUAAUUGGAGGGCUAACAUUCAAAUUUCCUUGUGGGGAUACCGGGAGACAACAAUUUACCCUCAAUUGGAAUAUAUUGACAUGAUUGAGGCUGGAAUCACAAACACAGGUGCCUAUACAAUAUCUCCAGUAAACUUCAAAACCCGAUGGAAUUCAAAUAAUGACAUGCAGUUUGGUUUCCUGCAAAUUAAUUUAACUGACCCACAACAAUACUCAGGCCUAGCAAUUAGCCCGGUCCUGUGGUCAAGACCAAUUCCAUUGGCAUGGUAUUUUGCACCGCAAUGGGAACAAAGACACGGUCGCCUUUGGCCAAGAGCCUUAUGUGAUAAUUGGCUUCGUACUGACAGAUACUUAAGGAAUUUUGCAGCCAGCCUACCUUUGUGUCCAUGCACAUUGGAACACGCCAUCUACGACAAAGGACGUUUUAUGCCCGACCCAGAUUGUGACAAAGAUUCUAAUCCAACUUGUGCCAAGCAUAAGGGUGCAAUUCAUUGUGUUGUCAGUGGAACUCCUACGGACCAAGGAGCCGAGCAACAAUGCUGCUAUGACCGAUAUGGCUACCUUAUGCUGUCCUACGACCAAAUGUGGGGUUCCCGUCCCCGCCGCAACCAUAACAUGGGCAAGAUGCCAUGGAACGAGGCCAGCAAAGUGCCAACUUUGUCCUCAUGGUUCCACGAUAUGCGUCCCUUUUACUCGUGCUGCAUGUGGCAGGAGGAGCAAGCGGUCGGCUGUGAAACUUAUCGAUUCGAAAGACGUCCUUCGCAAGAUUGCGUUGCAUAUCAGGCGCCAGGAGUCGCCGGAGUAUUUGGUGACCCGCAUUUAAUUACAUUCGAUGGCACGCAAUAUACCUUCAACGGCAUGGGAGAAUUCGUCCUGGCCAAGGGAUCCAACCACGACGAGAAAUUCGAAGUCCAAGGACGUUUCGAACAAUUGCCCAAGAACAUGUAUGGUAACGUAAUGGCAACGCAACUAACGUCUGUCGCUAUGAGGGGCAACACUUCGACAACCAUCGAGGUCCGUAUUCGGCCCCGAGACGCACAAUGGCGAUACCGUUUGGACGUGUUUGCCGAUGGCCGGCGGAUCUACUUUGACCGUCCCAGUUUGAAAUUCCAGCACUUCCACGGGGUCACGGUCUACACUCCAACCUAUCUCCUCAAUCAGUCCGAAGUAGUUGUAAUGUUCUCCUCGGGUGUGGGUGUGGAGGUGAUAGAGAAUCAAGGAUUCAUGACCGGCAGGGUUUAUCUGCCAUGGUCGUUUGUGAAUAAGACCGCAGGACUUUUUGGCAAUUGGAGUUUCGAUCCACAGGACGACUUCACUCUACCCGAUGGUAGGGUGCUCAAUUUGAAUAUUAACAAUCUGGAUGCUGUUCAAAAGGAAUUCGGGCUAAAAUGGAUACUCUACGACCGAGAUACACCAAACGUUGGGGCUGCCUUGUUCACAAGAGAGUUCGGUCGAACGGCAAGCUAUUUCACUAAUACCUCAUUUGUCCCGAACUAUAUCAGAGAACCGAUUGACUUUUUACCCUCAAAUCGUUCCCAUGAUGUGGAAAGAGCCACCGAGUUGUGUGGCGAAAGCUAUCAGUGUCGCUAUGACUACGGAAUGACUUUGAAUAGGGAUUUGGCGCAUUUCACCAAGAACUACUAUGACAGCAUAAUUAACAUUCAAACACUCAAUGCACAGCGAGUGUUGUCUUGUGGAGUGUUGGAAACACCACGUUUCGGAAGGAAGCUGAGUUUUGAUUUUACCCCUGGAGCUAAAGUGGCAUUCGAGUGUAAUGAGGGUUUCGUGUUGAUGGGCGAUCAGAGGCGUGAGUGUAAUUCGAUGGGCUUGUGGAAUAUGCCGGAAUAUGGAUACACUGAAUGUUUACGUGAAGUCUACUACUCACGUCGCAUCGCUUUCAUUGCAAUUGGCAUUAUUCUCCUCGUCAUCCUCCCCAUGAUGCUCUGCAUCGUUUGUUGUGUCUAUCGCUAUCGCCAGAAACAACUCAAGGACGAUCCAUCAUGGAAAAUGAGCCUACCCCGUUCCAGAGCCGGAUCACGUGUUAAUUUACGAAACAUCCAAAGUGACGACAGCGAUACUGAACCAUCGGACACUUUGAAAAAAAGUAGGUCGUAUGAAAAAGUUUAUCGAACGCAUGAACCGCUAGCCGGUAAACCAAACAUUGAUUUUCCAGCUAAGAAAUGGGAUCUGGACGACGAGGACGUGACCUCAUCGGAAGGAAGUGAGCGACCCAAACAGGCGGGGCGUCGGUCAUUGCGGUCAACGGGUGGGGCCGAUGAUGCCAUCGAAGAGGAAGAUCAAGCUGUGCCGGCGUAUCAAAGGCGGGAUAUGGAGCCACGUUCUGGACCUGACAGCGGUGAAUAUAGCCCAACGUUCAGUGGACUUGAUCGCAAUAGCAGUGCAAGUGGUGUUGGCAAUCGAUUUGGAGGAGUACCCGUUCUGCCAUCAGCAGGUCCUUCAAAGUUCUUUAAUAGACUCGCUCCAUCACCACCGAAUGUCCCCAAUAAUUUGACACAAGAUGUCGGCUUGCCACUUAUAUCCUCCACUCCCAGUCCACAAAAUACCAAAUCCACUGAGGUCUAAAUGGGGCAACUGUCAGUGGUUUGGCUUUUUGGCCAAAAAAGUUCAAACAUUUUUUUAAUUUUAAUAAUUUUUUAUUUCAAUAAACACAAAAAUCAUCUAGAAUUUAAGAGCGUAGAAAUUUAAACAGUGUCCAGUCCAGUGUCGAAGCAAAUUCCAUUCCAUUUAAUUGCACCACAGUAGAAAUAUAGAAUUGUUGUUAUUUUCUAUGAAUUAAUCAAUGUUUUGUAUAAUAGUUUUAACUAUAUGUAAUUUUAUGUCCGACAAACCAAUCUAUUAACCAUACCCAUGACUCAUAGUCUGCCACCAUUUUGUUUUUUGAAGUAUUGAAUAGCCUCAGGUAAAACUAACAUAACAUUUUGUAAAAAUAUACAUAAUUGGAACAUUGUUGCAAUAAAAUUUUUGUUUUUUUAAGAAUAAAUUAGAUUAACUAAAUAAAUUUUGUAUUUUGUUCGA